UAAAAAAAUGUCUCGAAAAAUCAUAUAUUUAAUUAACAAUUUCAUUAUAAAAAGAAAGUAUUGUGAUAAAGCUUCUAUUAUUGGUACUACACAGGAUAUUAAUUCACCAGAAUAUCAGGAAAAUUAUAUCCAACUAAAAGCUUUAGUCGAUCAAUUAAAAUCAAUUGUUGCAAACAUAGUAGAAGGUGGAGGAAGAAAAGCGAGAGAAAAACAUAUUAAUAAAGGAAAACUCCUACCAAGAGAUAGAAUUAAUUUACUACUAGACAAAGGUUCACCUUUUUUGGAAUUUUCUCAACUUGCCGGAUAUGAAAUGUAUGACAAUGAAGAAGUUCCAGCUGGUGGUAUUAUAACUGGAAUAGGUCGUGUAACAAGGACCGAAUGUGUUAUUGUAGCAAACGAUGCAACAGUUAAAGGCGGUACAUACUAUCCAAUCACAAUAAAAAAGCAGCUUCGUGCACAAGAGAUUGCAAAAGAAAAUAAGCUGCCUUGUAUUUAUCUUGUAGACAGUGGCGGAGCCAAUCUAUCUAGGCAGGCAGACACUUUUCCAGACAAGAUGCAUUUUGGACGAACAUUUUACAAUCAGGCAAAUAUGAGUGCUGCUGGGAUUCCACAAAUUGCUGUUGUAAUGGGGAAUUGCACUGCUGGUGGUGCAUAUGUACCAGCAAUGGCUGAUGAGAAUAUAAUAAUUCGACAUCAAGGUACGAUUUUUUUAGCUGGACCCCCUUUAGUCAAAGCGUCCACUGGAGAGGAAGUUACAGCUGAAAAUUUAGGUGGUGCAACUCUUCACUGCCAAGAAUCAGGUGUAACGGAUCAUUUUGCCUUGGACGAGGAGCAUGCGCUAAAGCUGACACGUAAUAUCAUAUCACACUUAAACCGAGAGCGCAAUAUUCAUACGACAAUUGAUCGUGAUUUUAAGCCACCGAUACACGCCGUGGAUGAGCUUUAUGGCAUUGUUGGAAUUAAUUUGAAGCGAUCCUACGAUGUACGAGAGGUAAUAGCUAGGAUCAUCGAUGGUUCAGUCUUCCAUGAAUUCAAGGCUCAAUUUGGAACUACCCUGGUUACCGGCUUUGCUCGCAUUCAUGGUUACCCUGUAGGUAUCAUUGCCAACAACGGUGUUCUCUUUUCCGAAGGAGCGCUCAAGGGUGCACAUUUUGUUCAGCUCUGCGCUCAGAGAAAAAUACCGCUAGUCUUUCUACAGAAUAUUACUGGAUUCAUGGUAGGAAGGGAAGCGGAAAGCAGUGGUAUCGCGAAAAAUGGGGCGAAAAUGGUAACAGCAGUCGCUUGUGCGAAAGUACCAAAAAUCACUGUUAUUAUUGGCGGAUCUUAUGGAGCUGGAAAUUAUGGUAUGUGCGGACGUGCGUUUUCACCAAGGUUCCUGUACAUGUGGCCAAAUGCAAAAAUUUCUGUGAUGGGUGGCGAACAGGCAGCCAGUGUUAUGGCUCAGAUUACAAAAGAUCAGCGCAAAAGAGAUGGAAAGGGGUGGAGUCAAGAGGAACAGGAUAAUUUAAAAAAACCAAUUAUUAAACAAAUAGAAUCUGAAAGUACAGCCUUCUAUUCUAGUGCUCGACUCUGGGAUGAUGGACUGAUUAAUCCAAUCGAUACAAGAGUCAUUAUUGCAUUAAGUUUAGCAGCAGCACUUAGUGCACCAAUACCAGAUAGCAAGUUUGGAAUCUUCCGAAUGUAAAUAUUGUUGGUAAUCAUUGUAAUGAUAUGAAUAAUCUUUAUGCAGCUAUUGUUAUUUUUAUAUUCUAUUGGGAACACUUUGAAUGCAGAGUGUUAUAAUAAAUAUUUUUUAACGUA